AUGGGCGCUGAGGGGCACUUGGGGAUCCUGGAGGGUCUGGGGGACACUUAUGGGACAGAUGGGGGCGGAUACCGGGGGGGGGUUCUUGCCUGGGGCUGGGGCGGCAUCGCCGCCCUUUGGCUCCGCCUGGCCCGAGCCCGGCCCCGGCCCCGACGUGGGCUCCAGUCCCGGCCCCGGCCCCGGCUCCUCCCGGGCCCCGCGGAGGACACAGGCGGCGCGGCCGCUGCCGCCGCCUCCGCUGCGGCUUCCCCGGCCCGAGCUCCGCCGCUCGGCAGCGCGGCCGCCGGCCCCGAGCCGCCGCUGUCCCGUUGCCAGCAGAGAACGCCUGGGGAUGGCCGGCCCGGGGCGCUCGGGGGGCGCUCGGGGGCCGCUCCUGGCCCCGGGCCGAGCGCUGACAGCCGCGUCCCGCCCGCAGGGAAGGCGCAGGAGGCCCUGCAGGAGCGGUACCGGCUGGGUUCGCUGCUGGGCAGCGGCGGCUUCGGCAGCGUCUUCGCGGCCACGCGGCUCUCGGACGGCGCCCCGGUGGCCAUCAAAAGGGUGCCGCGGGAUCGCAUCCGGCACUGGGGCGAGCUGGUGAGUGAGCGGGGCCAGCGGCAGAAGCCGGGCCGGCUUCCCCAGCCCCGGCACGGCCUCAGCCCCACUGACGGCAUCGCGCUCCUCCCGCAGCCCGACGGCACCAGCGCACCCCUGGAGAUCGUGCUGCUGGCCAAGGUGGCCUCUGGCUGCGCUGGUGUCAUUCAGCUCCUGGAGUGGCUCCAGCUCCCCGACAGCUUCUUGCUGGUGCUGGAGCGCCCGGAGCGGUGCCAGGACCUGUCGGGUUUCCUGGCGGAGCGGAGGUUCCUGCCGGAGGAGGAGGCGCGGGGGCUGUUCCGCCAGGUGCUGGAGGCCGUGCGGCACUGCACCAGCUGCGGGGUCCUGCACAGGGACAUCAAGCCCCAGAACAUCCUGCUCGACCUGGCCACCGGGCAGCUGAAACUGAUCGACUUUGGCUGUGGCGCCUUCCUCCAAGACACAGCCUACACCCAGUUUGCAGGAACCCUGUCCUACAGCCCACCAGAGUGGAUCCACCACCGACGCUACCACGGCGAGGCAGCGACCAUCUGGUCCCUGGGCCUCCUGCUGUACCACCUGGUCAUGGGCAAGCACCCGUUCAGGAGGGGCCAGGAGAUCAUCUGGGGGCGGAUCUUGUUCCCACGAUGGCUCUCUCAAGAGUGCCAGGAUGUCAUUAAGAGGUGUUUGUCCAUGCAGCCCUUGGACAGGCCGUCCUUAGAAGAGCUUUUCCAUGAUCCUUGGGUGCAGGGUGUUCCUCUGCCCUAGAGGAUGGGAGAGAUCCAUGUGCACAGUUGGAUCCAGCGGCCUGGCAGGUAACAGCUCCACACAUCUCUUGGCAAUCAGUGGCAAAGCCAACCAGACAGGUUUUGUCCUGCCUGUAGCUCUGAGCAGGGGUCAGCAGAAGGGAACACGCAGCUCUUGGUCUGGAGCUGAGCUGGAGACCUGGUGUGGCAAGCACUGGUGGCCACCAUCCCCCGGGUUUUGCUUGUCCUGGUUCCCUGACAGCUGGGGCCCUGGGCAGAACCCUGACAGCCUGGUCUGGCCCCAGGGAAGGAGAAGGAGCCCCUGCAGAAGCUGUACCAGGUGGGGCUGCUGCUGCUGGAGACACCAAGGACAACCUCAAGGAUGACAAUCUCUUCCU